AUGGAGCAUCUACUGAGACAGGCCCAGGAAGAGAAGGACCGCCUCAUAGAACACAAGGUAACAUACAUACAUACACACACACACACACACACACACACACACACAGAGAGAGAGAGAGAACUGCAAGAUGUGUAAAGUGUGUGUUGUGUCUGGUGAAGGAGCAAGAGAUGGAGUCAGGCAAACAGGCUCAUGUGGAGGAGAGGAGAAGGAGGGAGCAUCUGGAGAAAGGACUGCAGGAGGAGACCAACAGACGACAGAAAACCAUUGAUGGGGAGGUGAAACUACGGGAGAAACAGAGAGCACAGGUAAGAGAGAGAGAGCGAAAGAAAGAAAGAGAAAAGUAUAUUCAAAAGUCAAGCGAAAACAGUAGCUCUCCAGGAUUAUAGGGUUGGUGACCAGUUGUGUAACCUUUAACCCCUGUCCCCUCAGUCCCGUCCUCUGACGCGCUACCUGCCGGUGCGUAAGGAUGACUUUGACCUGAGGGCCCAUAUAGAGUCAGCGGGCCACAGCGCUGACACCUGUUUCCACCUGUCCCUCACGGAGAAGACGUGCCGAGGAUUCCUGGUCAAGAUGGGGGGAAAGAUCAAGACCUGGAAGAAACGCUGGUUCGUCUUCGACCGCAACCGGCGAACGCUCUCCUAUUUCUCGGGUAAAGAAAGGAUGGUGACAGUGGAGUGUGAAUAACUCACACUAUUCUGAUGUGUGUGUGUGCAGAUAUGUGUGUGUGUGUUAACAACUCCUCUGAUGUGUGUGUGUGUGUUUUGUAUGUGCUGCAGACAAGCACGAGGCCAAGCUGAAAGGUGUCAUCUACUUUCAAGCCAUAGAAGAAGUUUACUACGACCACUUAAAGAAGGCACACAAGGUACAUGUUGCUCUGAUAGAGAGUCUGUGCUCUCUCCCGCCUCCAGUGUCCUAAUCCCUGCCUCUCUCUCCCCCCUCCAGUGUCCUAAUCCCUGCCCCUCUCUCCCCCUCAUGUUCCAUAAUCCCUGCUCUCUCUCCCCCCCUCCAGUGGUCCUAAUCCCUGCCUCUCUCUCCCCCCUCCAGUGUCCUAAUCCCUGCCUCUCUCUCCCCCCUCCAGUGUCCUAAUCCCUGCCUCUCUCUCCCCCCUCCAGAGUCCUAAUCCCUGCCUCUCUCUCCCCCCUCCAGUGUCCUAAUCCCUGCCUCUCUCUCCCCCAUCCAGAGUCCUAAUCCCUGCCUCUCUCCCCCCUCCAGUGUCCUUAUCCCUGCCUCUCUCUCCCCCCUCCAGUGUCCUAAUCCUGCCUCUCUCUCCCCCUCCAGUGUCCUAAUCCCUGCCUCUCUCUCCCCCAUCCAGAGUCCUAAUCCUGCCUCUCUCUCCCCCUCCAGUGUCUAAUCCCUGCCUCUCUCUCCCAUCCAGAGUCCUAAUCCCUGCCUCUCUCUCCCCCCUCCAGUGUCCUAAUCCCUGCCCCUCUCUCCCCCCUCCAGUGUCCUAAUCCCUGCCUCUCUCUCCCCCUCCAGUGUCCUAAUCCCUGCCUCUCUCUCCCCCUCCAGUGUCCUAAUCCCCUGCCCUCUCUCCCCUCCAGUGUCUUAAUUCCUGCCUCUCUCUCCCCCCUCCAGAGUCCUAAUCCCUGCCUCUCUCUUCCCCCUCCAGAGUCCUAAUCCCUGCCUCUCUCUCCCCCCUCCAGUGUCCUAAUCCCCUGCCCCUCUCUCCCCCUCCAGUGUCUUAAUUCCUGCCUCUCUCUCCCCCCUCCAGAGUCCUAAUCCCUGCCUCUCUCUUCCCCCUCCAGAGUCCUAAUCCCUGCCUCUCUCUUCCCCCUCCAGAGUCCUAAUCCCUGCCUCUCUCUUCCCCCUCCAGAGUCCUAAUCCCUGCCUCUCUCUCCCCCCUCCAGUCCUAAACCCUGCCUCUCUCUCCCCCCUCCAGAGUCCUAACCCGUGUCUGACGUUCAGUGUGAAGACUCAAGACAGGGUCUACUACAUGCUGGCCCCCUCUCCUGAGGCCAUGAGGAUCUGGAUGGACGUUAUUGUCACUGGGGCAGAGGGAUACACUCAGUUCAUGGUGUAGAACAGGGUUUCCCAAACUCAGUCCUCGGGACCGCAAAGGGUGCACGUUUAGUUUGUUGCCCUAGCACUACACAGCUGAUUCAAAUAACCAACUCAUCAUUAAGCUUUGAAUCAGCUGUGUAGUGUCAGGGCAAAAACGAAAACGUGCACCCCUUGGGGUCCCGAGGACCGAGUUUGGGAAACGCUAGCGUAGAAGUUGUGAUGAACCCACAGUGGAAGGACACAUCCAGUUGAUGCUGUAAAGAGUUGUGCUUCGGCCAGAGUGGAGGGAUACGACCAGCGUGCGUUUCCGGCACCAGGACUAGAUCCUCUCUUUUCUCUGUGA